AACCCAAAAUAUUAUAUUAGCCAUCUUAGAAAAAUCUUAUAAUAGCCAACAUAGUUAAUAGAGAGACUGAGUUACGGUUGCUAAACCAAAACCGUGAUUUUAAUGUGUUCAUACACUUUUAAUGAUUUUGUUCAAAUCAAAGUUCCCAGCAAACCCAUUUCUAAGCAUUUUUCAACAGUAUCUUAGCUUAACCAGGUUAACCUCGAGCGGCCCACCGUACAAGAAAAAUUGACAGUAAAAUUUGAAACAAUGGUAAUAAAAAAUAGAAUUGUAUUAGUUUUAAAAUCGAAUGAAACAAAAGCAACUCUGUUUCAUUUAAUAACGAUAUAAAUUUAAUUGGAGGUAAUUUGUACUAGUAUAAGAGCCGAGGAGGGGUGGAGUGGUGUGAUGACCUCCCCGAGUGGGCGACAGGGGGAAGUUUGGGUGGGUUUCGGCCUGCCCAAAGGUCCGUCUGUCUCCCCUGGUCCACCCUGGGCAACGACACUAGCGACUGGCAUUCGUGCCUCUUUCUAGUGGCGGCUAACAUCCACACUGGUGUCGUCAGUGGGUGUGGGUUACUACUGACGACCUAUACAUAACCCACCUGUGCUAGGACCUGCACAGUUGAGCGCCGUAUGCAAGGAUGAUGAGAUCCUGGGGAUUGAGCCAUUGCCAACCCGCGUGGCAACACGUCUACUUUGGCCCUGAUUUCGGGCAAAACGGUAGCCCGGACUACUAGCCAUGGUCUGGGAAAUGGUCAUGUGAGGUACCGUAAGUGGGCUCACCGCGAGAAGUGUGGGGGCCGUAGAGGCAGUUUCGGCUGAUCAUGUGGUGGUGAACGGCCAUGCUGAAGGAGUGCGUUUAGGUGAUACUGGCGUAGGGCGUCUGACCUGGACGGCCCUACGUCCCACAUUUACAAGCUCCUGAUGUCGCGCAACUAGCCAACUCCUCAUUUCUAUACCCGAGUCGGUGUCCUAACGACUGAAAGCACCUUCUAUACGUGUGAGUAAGCGUUCCCAAAAGUGCGGGCCCUUGUAGGGUGGGAGCUGAUGAGGAUGAAGUUUACUGUAUGAACCAUGGAUAACAGGUCGUCAAAUAACAAACCCCAGGCUGAUCCAGCGGCGUCCAUCGCUAAUGGUGAGGCCACACAGGUGAGACAAGCUGUUCCAGCGACAGUGCGUCAAGCCAACAACUCGGCUUGUCCGCAACCCAGUUCAUCUGGUGAGCAGGCUGGCCCAGACUUCUUCCAGGACUGGCAGGAAGUGGACAUCAGGCCCAAGAAGCGAGCGACUGGUGGUAAGCCUCGCUCUGCCGGACCUGUGAAGUCUUCAACUUCCAACCCACCUCCCCCUGUUCAAUGUCGAGGAAGGGUGGCUAAGAAGACGAAGAAGAACAAGAACCAGCGGCGUGCGGCUCGUCUAGCACGAGAGCUGCAGCUGGCCACCACACGAAACCCUGCAACUAGGGAGGGGGCACAGGCUUCCCAGAGGCAUGCACCCAAACCAGCGCCGAACUUGCAGGCGGCUGCUGGCGGACCUCCGCCGAAGGGGAAAGGUUCCACCAUAACCCCUCAGGCUAGAACGUCGGCCAGUACCCCUGAGAGUCCGGCCCCAGGUCCACCCAAACGACAGCCCGGAAAGUUGCCCGCUGCUAAAAGGACGCGGGAUGAACCCUUCUCCCCGCAAGGAAAUAACAAAAAGCAGCGAUUGGUGAGCCCCAGCCAACCGGGCGUGUCGUAUGCACAAGCAGCGGCAUCUGACCUGACGAUCGUCAUUACUGACGCGAAGUCAGGAAAGAUCUCAGCUGAUCAAUCAAAUGCUAUUCUCCGCGGUUUGCACCAAGCAAUCGUGGAGGAGGCAAGAAAAAACAUAGUGGGAGCAACGCCACCUAAAUUCAAGGGCAAGCCAGUCUUCGCUGAGGGGCAGCUGAGGGUCUUCGCGGAAGACGAAAACUCAGCUGCCUGGUCUCAGCGGUGCGUCAAGGCCCUAACCUUGCCAAACAUUUCACUGACGGCUAUUCGCCAGUCGGAGAUGGCAAGGAGAGUUAAGUGCGGGCUCCUAAUACCGAACAUAAACAAUUCGUCCUGGGAAGACGUCCGGCAGGCAGCUGAUGGACUAAAAUACCAGAACGAAUGGGCCAAGGUCGGUACCUGGUCCAUUAUUGAGAUACUGCGGCAAGACCAGGGGUGGUUUGUCGCCUUUACAAUCUCCGAGGACCUUGUCCCUGCCUUCAUGGAAAGGGGCAGAUCCCUGAACUGUGGGGUGGGAAAUGUCUAUCUCAGGUUCAGGGGUCCUGGAGGCAAAUACGUGGACCAGCCCCCCACCCUAAGGGUAACGGGUGCACAAGUCCCAAACCAACAAGCCGCGGGCACCCCCGGGCAGUGCACGUCUAUCUCCGGGGAGAAAGUUGCCCCCCCGUCGAUAUCCAAGCCGUCGAUACCCGAGGUCUCAUGCGAGGGUGAGGACUUGUCGGCUUGGAUAGAGUCGGGGUCAGCCGACAUGUUGGAGGAAGAGGAGAUGCAGAAUGGCGCCCCUACCACCGACAACACGGACACGAACUAGUGUCCUCCAAGCAAACCUCCAGCACAGUGUAGCCGAUAUAGCCCAACUGAGGCUUUGCCUACAGCCGUUGCCCUCCUACAAGAAACUUGGACGGGCAGCAGACACAUACGCGGGCUCUCAUAAGAGAUCUGUGUGCGAUUACACUACAUACAAGUUCCACUGCCAACAGGCUGUCGCGACCUAUAGUCGAAGUAAGGUAAGGCUAUCAAUUAAACAGUAGGUCUUAGCUUCGUAAAUAUAAGGGUCAAUUCAUAACUGUCAAAAUUUACUUCUCAACUUACUCCGACUAUAGUCCUCGCUUCGGCGUGCAUGCAGGAGAGGACGAGCCUCCGCCAGCCGAACUACAACUACUGGUCAGCCACUUCGAAAGAGCAGGCCUUGCAGUAAUCAUCGGGGCCGAAUCCAACG